UGGAGAAGACGAGCUUCGGCAAAAACAACAACAUUUGUUUUUCACGACGAUGGGGUACACGCAUUAUUGGCAAUUAAAAAAGGUGAUUGAACCUUUAAAAUGGAAAGAGUUUCUAGUCGGAGUCCAUAAAAUUAUUGCUACCGCUAUCGAUCAAAAUUACCCCAUCGAGGAUAAAUCUGCUGGAGAUGUUAUUCGUAUCAAUGGAUCACGUGGUGAGGAUUUUGAUGAUUUUGUAAUUACUUCGGAUAAUCUCGUAUGGAGUUUUUGCAAGACUGCCCGUAGGUUAUACGACCCAGCAGUAACUGCAAUCCUUAUUUUACUAAAAGAAAUGGUUGGAGAGGAUGUCAAAAUUACAUCUGAUGGCGAAUGGGACGAAGAAGAAUGGAAGGAUGGUUGAAAACUUUACAAAGAUGUGUUUAACAAACAGCCUGACUCGAUUUUGGAUUGACCACUUUAAUCAGAAACCAAUGAUUAUUUCUUAAACUUUUGUUUGUUCAAUAUCAAUAAUAAGUUUAUGUAGAUUUUGUAUAUGCAUUAAAUCUUGUUUUAAAGCUUUA